AUGUAUCAGAACAAGGCGACGUUGACGAGCCAGACUGAAUACCUGAAGACGGUGGACCGGAUGGAGGAACAGAUCCACCAGAGGGACACUAUAAUCCUGGACAUCAGCAAGGAGAAGGAGAGUCUCUCUCAGAUGCACAAAGAGACCACAAACCUGCUGCAGAGCAAAGAAGCCGAACUCUUUGAUAUCCUCGGCGACCCGCUGGAAGGCUGCAGUGCUGCGGCCGAGGAGAUGAGCAAGAGAGGGGGCAAGAGGAAGGCCGGCGCUGAUGAUGGACCAACGAAGAAGAAGAAGAUGAGCCAGAAGGAAACCACAGUCGCCUCCCAAAGAGGGUUUUCUAUGAUAAUUAACUUUUGUCUUUCAGCUAAGUUUCAGGCUAAAUACGAGCAGCAGAAUAAGCUCGGCCAAGGAUGCUGUGGAUCUGUGUUUGCCGGCUACCGCAAAGCAGAUCAUUUACCUGUCGCCAUCAAGCACAUCGCCAAAGACAGAGUGUUGUGCAAACACGUGGACAACAACGGGAACCAGCUGUCUGUGGAAGUGGCCGUCAUGUUGAACCUGGCUUCUGGAACAUCUGGAGCAUCUGGAUCAGCCGUGUCCCUGCUGGACUGGUACGAUCUGAACCAGGAGCUGAUCCUGGUUUUGGGGAGACCCGUCCCAUCCAAAGAUCUCUCCAAAUACAUCGAGGGCCGAGGAAGCUCCCUGCCGGAGGAUGAGGCCAAGAUCAUCCCUAGACAGCUGGUCAACGCAGCAACAGAACUCCAGGAACAGAACAUCUUCCACUGCGACAUCAAGUUGGAAAACAUCCUGAUCGAGACCAGAUCGGAUGUCCUCAUGGACUUUGGGCUGAGCUGCUUCUUGAAGAAAGGCUCGUUCUACCGCACCUUCUAUGGUUAA